UUACUUUUGUGCCUAAAGUUGGUGAGAAGACUGACACCCCUCUCAUGUCUGUAAGGCGUCUGGCCAGAGAAGCUGUGGCGAGCCACAGACUGUGAAUGCUGAUUCCAGAGGAGCAUGAGUCAUGACCUCGGUGGUUCUGGUCGACACUGGUGGGACAGUGGUGGAGUAUGUAACAGCUGAGGAGGAUCCACAGCAGGACGGAGAGUGCGAGGUGGAUCUGGAGCUGGAAGGAGAGGUGGAGGAUGAGUGUGAAGCUGAGGAGGCCUGUGAAGACACACAGGAAAGGGAGGAGGCUGAUGACUACCCAGCAGUUAUAGUUGAAGAGCUGCCUGGCGCCAGCCUGGCCGAGGAGCAGGGUUACUCAGCCCAGGUGGUGGUGUAUGAAAAUGAGGCCUAUCUCAUGCAGGAAGUGGCCGAUGAGCAGGAGGUGGAGACAGAAGGGGAAGCAGUGGAGGCUUCUGUUCACGGCACCAGUGUCCACUGUUCGGACAAAACCAUCGAAGCUGCAGAGGCUCUUCUACGGAUGGAUUCGCCCUCCAGCCUCAGGGAGGACCGAAGCCCAGAAGCUUUUAUCCCACCAUGCGUAGCGACGCCUGACUUCCUUCAUGCUGCCAUGCGGCCAGACAUGAUUGCAGAGACAGAGGUGGAGAUAUCGACAGAGGACUGCUGCGAGGAGGAGGACGAGGAGAUGGUCACCCUGCUGGAAGAGCCAGAGCCAGAACCCGACCACCAGGCUAUCAGGAAGAGGCGAGCUGGACGGAAGCCAAAGACACAGCAGACGGCGAUACCCAACGGUUCACCAGAUCUUGGCAUCAAGAGGAAACCAAGAGAAGGAAAAGCUGGGAACACCACCUACCUUUGGGAGUUCCUGCUGGACCUCCUCCAGGACAAGAACACCUGUCCCAGGUAUAUCAAGUGGACCCAGAGGGAGAAGGGCAUCUUCAAACUGGUUGACUCAAAGGCUGUGUCCAAGCUGUGGGGAAAACACAAGAACAAGCCAGACAUGAACUACGAGACCAUGGGACGGGCACUAAGAUAUUAUUAUCAGCGCGGCAUCCUCGCCAAGGUUGAGGGCCAGCGGCUGGUCUACCAGUUCAAAGAGAUGCCCAAAAACAUUGUUAUCAUCGACGACGAUAAGGCAGAAAUGCCCGCCCCCGAGGAUCUGAUUGGCUCCGACGCAGCAGCGUCCUACGAGCGUGUACCUCCGCCGUCAGAUAUGCUGCUUCAGGCCACCGAGCUGUCUUCCACUAAGAAGCCCAACAUCUUGCGGGGCGCUAACAGAGCCAACGUAGUCCAGCCUCCAGCUGCAGCAGGCAGCAAGCCAGUGGCAGGAGGUGGAGCGUUGGUGACGGCAGGGGUACCGAGGAUAGUGUCGGUUACAGGAGCAUCAGAUGGGAACCAGCCCCAGCAGUCUCACACAGCUAUCAUCCCGAACGCCUCAGCGCCCAGGACGGUGCGGGUGGCUAUGCAGGUGCCUGUAGUCAUGACGACAUCGCUGGGUCAAAAGAUAUCCACAGUUGCUGUGCAGCAGCCAGCGGGAACAACAGGGGCGGCCGGACACACCACCCUCCUCACCAACACCUCUGCUAUCGGAGCUGCUGCUGCUAACGCCAACUCACAACAGAAGGUUGUGAUCCAGACUAUCCCGACCAUGGUCCCCGCCACAGCAGAGAAUGGAGACAAGAUCACCGUCCAGCUGGCCAAGAUCAUCACAAUCCCAGCCCACCAGUUAGCUCAGUGUCAGCUGCAGACCCCCACAGGCGCAAACAAGCCCGGCGUCGGAGCCUCCCCAGCGGGCAUCAGCCUCCUCGGGAGCCCCCUGACGGUCCGGGCCCUGGCGCCUGUCAACGUCGCCCCGGGAACGCAAGUGAUGAGGCUUACCGUGCCGUCGCAGACGCAACAACAGACUCUGGUGGUGUCGCAGCCUGGAGGCGUCAGCAGCGGGUCAGGUGUGGUCACUGUAUCAUCAGCCAAUCAGGCGCAGCCUCGCAUCAUCAGCGGCGUCAUCAACGGCUCGGAGCUGUUGAUCGGAGGAGCCGGAGGAGUCUCAGUGGAGAAACUGAAGGCAGCAGGAGUCCAGCUCCAGGCUGUGCAGUUGCCGAUGACGAUGGCCGUCCAGCAGAACCCCAAAUCUGUCCAGAACAUCAAAUCAGAGGCCGUGGACACUGAGGUGGUUAUCAAACUGGAAACGCCUGAUGUGGCAAUAAAGGCAGAAGAGCUGGAAUGUUAAAAAACGGCCCUUCUUCUCUGCCAGAGACGGUUAGUUUGUACAUUUCUGAAGUCAUUUUUACUCUUGUGAUAACCAGCAGUAGUCUGUGAGACUUUAAACACUCCUGAAGGCCUGUUUUUAGUCCUGAACCCGUCUUCACACCUUCCCUGUCGCUGCCUAGAACUUUUCUGGACACAGCCGGUCUCCCUCAGAACCACACAGAAACCUCCAGAGUGUCGUGUACGGAGCCCUACAACAUAGGAAUACACAGACUUCAAAGGGAUUUGUUGGGAAAAGCAAAGGGACCAACCUUGAUCACUACAAUUUAUGCCUUCGAAAUGGAUCGCUGUCACUGACUCCAAUCUGGAAAAACCUUGGGGAAAAAAAAACAAACAAGUGAAACACUACAAAAAGAAAACAUGGCAAAUAAUUACAAGCAACCAAAAUGUGAACUAUUGAAUUUCAAAAAAGACACAAUGGGGGCAGAGGUGGUUUAUCGCAGCUUUUGUAGAGAGCAAAUAUUUGUGAUUUAUGCCUCCACACAUGUUAAAACCAGCAACUUUUUUAAAAACUUGUAUCACUGUGCAGAUCAAGUGUGGAUGGUGCUACGAGAACCCUUAAAGAGUGGAAGUGGAGCUGUGAAAAGCGCCCACAGGAACGAUAUCAGACAGAAAAUGGUCAUGUAUGUACAUAUAUAUAUAUCUACUAUACAGUUUACGGAGCUAACGUUAACAGAACAGCCUUAGAUUUUAAUUUUGACUUUCUUUUUCAUGUAUUGUCUGAACGGUAAGCUGAAAUUUGUUUUUGUGUUUUGAUACCUUGUACCAAGCACAGUAUUAUUGAAACUAGGGGGACUAAUAUUUGUAUUAUUAUUGGUUUCUCCGCCUCUUAUCAGGCUGUUAUUGCUAAUAUAGGUUGAAUCUUACAGGAAAAACAGCACCAUGUUGUAGAUCAGCGGCCAGAUUGCUUGCGGUGUGUCUCUGGCGUCUCAGAAAACCAUCUGACAAAAGGAUCCUGGCUAUUUCUUUCUUUUUGUUGACAGAUGUUUGCUCUGUUCUUCCCAAACCUGCAGUCAGGCUGCAUGCACAUGCAAAGACAUGUGAGCUAAAGCAUGCUGCCAUGUCUGGAAAAAAAAAGAAAAAAGAAUGAGAACAUAAAUAGGAAUGUGUCUAAUCUCAGAGUUCAAGAAUGAAGUGAACCAAACUUUUUUAAUGAUUUAAAAAAAAAGAUGCGUUGAAAAUCAGGAGUUUAUGCAAAAUGGCUGCGAACAUUAUUCAACCACUGUGGAUUUCAGGUCACUUUACUUCAUGCUUAAAACAGAGGGUCAAAUUUGCCAGAACAGAGUUUCUGCCAUGUUGGCCCUGCCCCUAAAAUUCAUUAUUUUUUUUAAUUUUAUUUUUUUUUUAAAUCUAAAAAGAGGGAAGAGAGGGAGACAGAGAGAGCGAGAGAGGUUUGUGUUCAGACUGAACUGUUUGUAUAUUCAACAUUUGAAGUAUAUUCUAUUUUGUUGUACUCUUGUUUCAAAGUGUAUUAAAGUAGAUUUUACUGAAAUAUAAAAAGACAUUUGAAACCUGA